AUGAUCGUUGGAUUAUUUGCACCGAUCUUCUUAGCUAUACAAUUUUUUGUAGCUAAGAAGAAUCAUGUCACCGUACUCGGAUGGAUCCUUACAUCCGUUUCGAUUGCUGUUUUCGCGGCACCUCUUAGCGCCGUGAUACAUGUAGUUCGUACGAGGAGAGUGGAGUCCAUACCGAUAGCUCUUAUGGGCUGUCUCAUUGUCAGUGCCGGAGCGUGGCUUAUCUAUGGUUUUCUCUUGAAGAAUAUUUACAUUUAUCACCCCAAUGUGAUUGGACUCGCAUUGGGAGCCAUUCAGCUAUCCAUAUAUGGUCACUAUUCUCGUACUGGUCGGCGGCAGCCAGAUAUUGAAGUUGUCGAGGAUGUCGAGGAGAUCGUGGAGAUUGCUCCAGAAUCAGAUGUUGUGGUUGAAUUAGUGGAGCAACAUGGCCGCCUGGUAGAGGUGGCAGGAGGAGCAUCAGCUUUGGCCACUGCAGCUGUUGAUGAUGAUGCUGCCACUGUAGCUGUUGAUGAUGAUGCUGCAUAG